AUGUUUACGAGCCUCGGCCUCUUCAUCCAGGUGGCUUGUCCCCAAGGCGAGGGCUGCUCUCUCCUGAACUGCCUAUUCUCACACUCAAGUCGUCUCAAAGACGCCAAUGAUUCUCCUACGACCACAGUGGCAGUGCAUCCUACAAGCCGAGCCCCAACACUGGAAGCCCAUCCCCGGAAGAAGCUGAAACUCUCAGAGUCGAUCAAUAUGAUCGGUUCCUCGACCUCACUAUCACCGGACCGGAAGGUAUCAGUACGUACAAGUACUGCCUCUGCAAGCUCGAGCGCAAGCCCAAGUCAGCAGUCGCCUCCACGGACAGACGAGAAAAGCACAUUGUCAGGCUCUUUACCUAAAGCUUCCCUUGCUCAAGGCGCAUCGGCCUCACCGCCACUCUCGGCUACAAAGUCUCAGAAGAUCAUCACUACAGAUAAGAAGGCUGCCUCCCAGCCGGGCCCAUCCAGACUCCCACCCAGGAAGGCACCAAAGGAAACUCUCAACCCACGCAUGCUGCCCAAGGCUCCCUCUUCCCAUGCCACCCGCACUGCCAUACUGAAGAAGUUGCACUCCGUCAUCGUGACCAACAAUCAGAAUCUGUCUCAAAGCAAAGAUCACUCAAGGGCAUCCCUGGUCCUCACACCUGAUGAGUUGAUCACCAUGGCCCUAGACGAUGAAGAGGCCGUGGCGAAAAGCGACCCCGAGCUUUAUUCGAACAUUAUCAAGCUUCGCAUUGUGAAGCUGUCCAAAAUGAGCGAGGAAGCAUGGGCUGAAGAAGUAAUGAAGCACCUCAACUCACGAUACUACCAUGUUCCCGUAUCGUCUAAGACGACUUCUGAUCCAACCAGAGCAAUAGAGACGGGGCUGACACGCGAGCAAGAGAUUGCGGUUCUUCAAAACUUGAUAACCCCACUGAAUGGCCUAGAGGAGUAUGGCUAUGUCACCGAGGCACCCACAGAGGCGGAGAUAGAGACAGCCAAACAGGGCGUCGCGGACUCAAAGGGCUGGGAGAAGUGUGACCGUUGUGCAAGUCGCUUCCAGGUAUUUCCAGGUCGGCGUGAUGAUGGUAUUUUAACCACCGGCGGCCAGUGUGUCUAUCACCCCAACCGACCUAUCACCCCACCUCGCAAGAGAACUGAUGGCUACACUGGAUCAUCAGAGUCCUACUUCCCGUGUUGCGGUGAAUCCAUCGGGGGUUCCGUUGGUUGCACCAAGGCCGCACACCAUGUCUUCAAGAUCUCAGAACCCAAACGACUGGCCUCAAUUCUGCAAUUCGAGACGACUCCUGCACAGCCAGAAAAGGGGCCCCUUGCUCCCGUGUGCUUUGACUGUGAGAUGGGCUUCACAACUCAAGGUCUGGAGUUGAUUCGCCUCACGGCUGUCAGCUGGCCCGAAGGCCGUGAACUUCUCGACAUCCUGGUCAGACCCAUGGGCGAGAUCUUGGAUCUCAACUCACGCUUCUCCGGAGUGUUCCCGGAGCAUUUUGCCAACGCAAUACCCUACGGGUCACGACCCGUCUCGCCUGCUGCCGCUGGGACUGCCGGAAACGAGAGACACCAUCCAGGUCCGAUGCUGGUGGUGGACUCACCAGCCGCCGCGCGAUCUCUUCUUUUUGGCUUCCUUCAGCCUGAGACCCCGCUUAUCGGUCACGCCAUCGAUAAUGACCUAAAUGUCUGCCGGAUCAUCCACCCCACGAUCAUCGACACGGUCAUUCUGUACCCUGCGCCAAGGGGUGGUCUGCCCAGUCGCAUGAGUCUGAAGACAUUGACACGCAAGUAUCUGUCUCGGGAAAUCCAGACUGGCGGCGACAAGGGUCAUGAUUCGAAGGAGGAUGCCAUUGCUACGGGAGACUUGGUGCGACGUCUGAUCGCAGACUCGUGGCGAAGUCACAAGCAGUAUGGCUGGCGGUUUGAAGGGGAUCGCCUUGUUGCUCCUCCGGACAAGGACAAGUUCACUCGAAGCAGGCACGGGCAGUGCAUGGUCAAAGAGGGAUGUUGA